GGUAGCUACUGGCAACACCUUCAAACCCACCUGUCAAACCUCUACCCUCAAGGAAUUGGCAACCUUCUAAGCCAAAAUCUUGUUCCGUGCACGCCUCUCGCGAUCGAAAACCUUUCGUCCUACUUCUCCGUCGACGCAACAGCCCCCACCCCCCCCUUCCCCAUGCCAGGAUGAUCACACAAUUUGCAGAAUGGUCUGCUAACAUUGCCGAAACGGCCGCACUGUCCACGCUUUCCGGGUCGAGCAUAGGAAUAGAGGCUGCCGAGUACCUGAACCGCAUCCAAGACUUCAAGCUACCGCCCUCGCAGACGGCGGGCGUGCAGCCGGAGCCGCUUCUUCCUGCUCUGGGCGGCGUGCCGUUCGGCCUUGCGCGAGUGGUUCGAAUCCAUCUUGAAAUAUGGCGACGCCACGGCAUCAAGCCUGUAUUCGUGUUCAGCGGACUGAACCUGAUCAAAGACGACUUUGAACCCAGCGAGCAGGCGGCGCGAAAGCUGGAGGAGGCGUGGAGGUUCUACGAUGCAAACAACGCCCUCGCUGCCGUGGAGACGUUUAAGACGUCUGGUGCGGUCAAAGCACAUGAUCUGUACCGCUUCCUGCAGACGAUUCUGAGGGAGGAGAACAUCGCGUGGAUGGUGGCUCCGUACAUGGCUUCCGCACAACUUUAUUACCUCGCCAAAGUUGGCGCGACGGACACAACGUUCGCAUCCUCGGAGAUCUUCCUGUUCGACAUUGAGGAAAACAUCACAACAUGGAAUUUUGAGAACGACAGUUUCGUGUGGGUCAGGCGGAGAAACUGCCUGCAGUCUUUGGGCAACAUCUCAUCAGACGCGUUCGUGGACGCCUGCUUGCUGGCAGGUUGUGACCUGUGUCCUAGUCUUCCGCAGCUAGACUUACCAAUCCACCGCAAACAACCCAGGCUCAAGAGCGCCGCGGAUCUUGUGAUGAAUCUGGGACGAGGCACCGGCAACGGGGUAUACCUGCACUUCCAAGACGACGUCACAAACAAAAUGCAGGAACAAACCGAUAGGUUUCGGAAGGCCAAGGUCACAGUCAAGCACUCCGUCGUGCUGACUAUGAGUGGGAAGGCAGAGCCUCUUGAUGUUACCAAUGCUCCGGGCAAAAUUCAUGAGUUCAUCGGCCAAAGGCUUCCAGAUGAGCUGUACGGCUACUUCUCAAGGGGCAUCAUCGGGCCUCGCGUCCUCAAUUGGCGAACCUCGGGCGAGUUCCUCAUGCAUCCACCUCUGGAUGGCGGAGAGUCUAAAGAGUAUCGCGACCUGGUCCGGCAGCAACUUACUCCUAUACAAACACUUACAAUUGGUCUGUUGGCCAGCCCAUUGCACCACUACUAUCAGCGAACGGACAUCAUCAAGCGUGUCUGGUUUGACAAGGAUCAUCCGGAGAAGAUUGUCAUGAAGACCGACUAUGACAAUGAUAAGACCAAAGGUCUCAUCGAUAGUUGGAACGUGCCCCAGUCUGUUUUCGGCGAAGAGUUCAACAGGCACCCCAACUCGUCUCUCUUCGGUCUAUGUGUCAAGUCACUCAAGAAUAACGAGUUUGCAGCCCGAACCAAGACGUUCAAAAACAAAAAUCGGCUGCUCAUCUCCAAGGAUGAACUUCUAGCGAAUGCAAUCUGGCGUAUGCUGCGCCUUCGUAACUAUAUUGACGCCGACCACAAUCUUACCUCGUCCGGGGAGAUGCUGUACACCAUGGUCAGCAACUUGCCCCUCGAGCUGCAAGAGUCAGCACUCAUCGCCACCGAGCUUCUUCAGUAUAACCGUCUGAACGCCGACAUCACAGUGCCGUACACAGGCGUCCCUGAUGCCCAAGCAGAGUCUGUCAAAAAGCAAAUGUUGCUCAUUAGCCGCAUCGCAUGCCUCGGCCCCCUGAAACACCAAGAAAUCGGGUACACGGGAGUGCUCAGCAGGACAAUGCUGAGCUUCGGCUGCGUCAUUGAGGCGGUCAGGCAAAGCCUGAGGGAUCUUCUGGAAGUGUGCUUGACCACCAUGUUACUGAACGGGGAUGUAGAAAGGGAUAGGCCGGACUUUAACGAGCUAGGUCUCGACCUGCCACUGCUUCUCCCGAUGUCAUGCAGUCUAGGCGUCGCUGUUGCCUACCACCUCACUGAGUGUGCCAAACUAGACAUGCGCUCACAGGCUAACCGCGAGGCGCUGCUGAAUGAUGAAAAGUCCAAGUUCUGCUACACCAUUGACUUGCCGUCCAGCUUCGAGACAGCCUGGACCUUGUGGGAUGCAGUGUACAAGGGCGUUGAAGCUGGCGACGCAAACAAGUUGGGGGCGGUAAAGGCAGCGUUUAAGAACGCCGACGAGUGGCUGAAGACUUACCGGUAGGUGAAGCCUCGACUAGUGCGGAGGAGAGUAGCUUCGGCAACUUGACGGCUCGAAACGGAGCCAAGGCAGCCUGAGAAUUUUUGGAAGUGGGGGAACUUUGAGCAUACCUCGCAAGUGGAACUGUAGCCGACAAAGGGGUCUGGAGUCUAUUGAAGUGACGCAUAGUUCUUGCGGCGAUUUGAUACAGUGAGGAAAUACGUCAGAUGAGAAAAGAAGAUGCGGGACGACAAAAAGCUCUUGCGGACAGCUUGGCCUAACAAAGAUUUCGAAGCGUCCCAAGGCGCUGCUCGGGGCUCGUUUUGCACAGGAGAACGUCAGUCAGUAUCGAGAAAAAAACACGAUAGCGUUUUUUGAUGGGGGCAUAUCAAAAAGAGACACAGGUGUAUUGGUGGGCUCAUGAAGAUCUGAAAACCACAUUUCAAUAUCAACCAUCCAUCACUAUGUCGUCUCUCCGC